AUGACAUACAUUUCGAAGCUAUCUAAAUCCACCCUGAAUAAUAAAGCCCCCGUACAUGAGAAAUUUCCGCACGCUGCCCGAUGGUAUCAUCACAUUGCCUCUUACUCCGAUGAGUUUUCGGCUCUCACUGGUGAUACAAGUCGCGAUGCAUCUCAUUUUGGCCCUGAUGUGCCUGCUGCAAACGAAGACGACGAUGUUGAUUUGUUCGGCUCUGAUGAUGAUGAAGUGGACGAAGAAGCUGAGCGACUAAAAGCCGAACGCCUAGCGGCAUAUCAACAGAAGAAAGCAGCCAAACCGAAAGUCAUUGCUAAAAGUAUGGUCACAUUAGAUGUCAAACCUUGGGAUGACACCACAGACUUGGCCGAAAUGGAGAAAUCUGUGAAAUGUAUUGAAAUGGAUGGUCUCGUCUGGGGCUCUUCAAAAUUGGUCCCCGUUGGUUACGGCAUCCGAAAAUUGCAAAUUGUAUGUGUAGUUGAGGAUGACAAAGUUGGAGUCGAUGAUUUAGAAGAAAGAAUUACUUCAUUUGAGGACUACGUCCAAAGUGUAGAUGUUGUGUCAUUCAACAAAUUGUAA